AUGCCUGAACGAUCAAGUCGAGUUUCAUUCCACUCCAAUCAACGUAAUCUUGUCGCAGUUUAUACGAACUUACCUCCUGGAAUUGACUCAAAAGCAACAGCCUAUCUCAUCCUGAUUGUUCGCUUAUUUCGUCCAAACUCAGCAUACACCGGGUCAAGACGUCAGCAUUCGUUAGAUAAUAUUUAUGUACAAGUUCGAUGGUGGGGUGAACCAGCUAGAGAGCAAUGUGCUAUUUUUUACCCUCGAUUAUCACAUAAAGUUGGACACAAACAGGCAACAUGCACUAAAGCUCGUUACAAAAUUACCGUGCCGUUAAAUCGAUUUAGUGACUAUCUGAAAGAUAUGCGUGAACUACGUCUGGAUGUAAUAGAUAUUAAUAAUCAAAUUAUUGGACGUGGACGAUUAGAUAGAAUUGAUCGUUUGACUACAACUACACCAAUCGAUACCAUUUUACCUGUAAUUAAUGAAGCUGGUGAAAAAUUGGGUGAUUUAAAUAUAUCUUUAAUGAUUGAACCAGUUUUGAAUUCAAAUCCUAAACCUACUGGUACACGUUUUAAUUGGAAAGAAAUUGAUCAUGCUGAUGGUGGUGGUGUUAUACAGAAAAAAACAGAAAAUGAUGAAAAUUCACUGAAUUCACUUAGACAAGAACAUGAAAUUUCACUUACUAGCAAUGAUCAAAUUGAUAUAAAUGAACAGAUUGAUUCAAUUCAAUCUCAACAAAAUCAUAAUGCUGUUGUUCAUGAACAUCCAAUUGAUUUAGACGUUGGAUCACUUGAUGAAAACAAUAAUCAUUCAAUUCAUCAUUUAAAUUUACUUAAUCAUUCAAAUAAUUAUAAAUUCUAUACACUUCCUAUUCAAUCAUCUGGCGACAAUGAAUUCAUUAAUAAACAUAAAACCAAUUUAUCCUGUCAUCAAGGAAAUAAUCAUGUUCAUCAUUAUUAUUAUAAUUCAAAAAGAGAUGAGUUAUUAUCAGUUGCAUUAGAAAAAAGUAAACAGCUACGUGAAGCAUUAAGUUGUUCAUCAAUAUUUACUACUCAUCAUGAUCCUAAUGAAGACGAUAUGAAUAAUGAUGCUGUUGUGAAUAUGUCAAGAGAAUCUCAAUUUUCUGUUAGGCAUGGACGAUGCACAAACAGUGUAACAUUUAAUAAAUUACGUCAUCAUUCUAGUCCUGAUCUACGAAGUAUUGUAUUUGAAGCAUGUUCACCUAGGCAAAAAUUUGAUUCAGGCAGUAGAACGCCUAAUCGUCACCAGUUAACAACACCAUUGAAAACUAAAUCAAACAAUAUUGAUUUAGUGAAAUAUAUUCUUGACAAUGAAUCGUUUGAUGAGGGUGAUGAUGAUGGUGAUGGCGUAGUUCAAGUCAAUACAUCCAGUCGUCAUCGUCAGUAUCAAGCUGAUUGUAAAAAACGUGUACAUUGUGAUCGAGAUACAAGUCGAAGAAUUGGUAUCACAGAAGAUUAUUCAUCAUCAAAGAAUAACAAGGUUGUUCAACAUGAAAAUUCAGAAUAUAUAAAAGAAGAUGAUAAAUUGAUUGAAAAUCUAUUAUAUAAUAAAGAAAAAUCUAUCAACGAAAAUGAAUUAUUGACUACAAAUAAUUUAUUCAAACAACCUAAUAAUAACAUACACUCAUUAAAACAAGAUAUUUCAAAUGGAAAAACUAUGAAGCAACACUCUCAAAAUAAUUUUUCUAAAUCUGGUGGUUAUACAUUGAAAGCAGCUAAUUUACACUUUCAAUGUUUACGUUUAUGCAAAAAAUAUGUCAUGUAUUUAAUGUCUAAUGUUGUUCAUUCUCCUAAAUCUAAACUACCUCACAAAACAUUGAAAAAUUCAACAAAAGUUUCAUCACAAAAAAAGCCUCAUUCAAUACCAAUAUCAUCAUCUACUAAAGUUAAAUCUAAUCAUGUCAGUAGUACUUUGUCGAACAGUAUGAAUAUGGAGUUAGAAAUCUCUGUUCCAACCUCUUCGUCCUCCUCAUCAUCAUCAUCAUCAUGUAUAGUUGGUGGUACAUGGAUUACAACUAGUUUUAUAUUAUCUACAGAAUUACAUAAUCAUCAGUUGGAAAUUCAAUCAAUUAAACGACAACAGCAACAACAACAGAAUGAUACAUGUAUCGAUUUCUAUUGUCUAACAAAUCAUAAAACUCAUACUGAUACCGCUGGGGAUGCUUGUAUUCAAGUUAAUUUUGAUCAGAAAUCUUCUUACAAUGAGAAAGUGAAUGAUCAUGACAAUCAUAUUCGUUUACGUUUAUACUGUUUAAGUAAUCCAUUAAAAGAAAAUGAUGAUACUACUCAAUGGGAAUCAGAGUUGAUUAGUGUGAAUUUUGUCAAUCCAGAUGAAAUUCGUUCAACUAUCUUAUCAAAAGUACAUUUAAAUUCUCCGAAUCCUACAACUCACUUGUACAUUCAUUUAUGUUCUGGACAAAAAUUGAAAGCGAUCGAUUCAAAUGUGAUUGGUCGUUUAGAAUUUGAAUUAGAACCAAUCUGGAAUAUGAAUGUUACACCGAGAAAUCAAACAAAUAUCAAUAUGAUGAAAAAAGACUAUGAAUCAAUUCAAAAUAAGAAAUUUCAUUCAGUUCAAAAUUCAAUGAUGUAUCCUAAACUAGAUAUUAUUACAAAGACAAUUAACUCAUCAAAUACAAUAAUAUUAAAUACAAUAUUACAUAUAUCUCAAGGUAAAGCAUUAAAAUUAUCCAAUAAUAAAAAUCAUCAUAAUAAACAAUUAUUAACAUCAAAAUAUAUUACCAAAUUGCCAAAUGAUUCCAUAUUGAUUGAACAUUCUUAUUUAAUUGUACGUUUACCUUGGUGUCAUCAAAUGCAAUCAUUAUACGAUUCAUCAGCACCUAAUUUAGAUCAAUAUCAUUCUAAUGUUUCAUGGUUAAGUGGUUCAUGUCCACAAUAUGCUUUCACUUUGAGAUCACAAUGUUUGUUAAAUCAAGAAUCAAUUAUUCGUUUGACCAAAUCAUCUAUUGUCGUAGAAGUAUGGUCUAAAUGGAUGAGUGGUUUACCGGAUCAUUUAAUUGGUCUAGUGAAAAUUCCAACAGAUCAAUUGAUAAAAAUGUAUGCUCAUGUAGAUUUGAUUACAUCACAAAUUUUGUGGCAUUCAAAUAAUGUCAUACAAAGUUUAUUGAAAGCACAUCAUCCAAUGAUUCCUGUCGAUGCAUGGUUGCCCAUUAUUGAUCCAUUCUCUGGUUGUGAAAAUGGUCAAAUUCAUGUACUACUAGCUGUUGGUACUCAUGAACAAAUUGACAAUCUGAUCACAUUACAUAAUUUAAAAUGUACCAUUGAUGUGAAUAGUAACAAUACCUUUAUGAUGAAUACAGUAGAUCAAAACAGAAAAAGUGGUAUUGUUGUAGGCAAAGAGAUUAUGGCAACUAGUGUAAAUAGUGUAGAUUUGACAGUUGAGCAUAAAAUUGGUAUAACUAUUGAACAGUUGAUUGAUUUCGAUCCACACAUUCCACUUCAAUAUGAUGCCAAUUAUAACGGAGCUGUACCAUGGGGUGAUUUAGAUUGUUUUGUUCAAUAUUUUUUUCCUACAGAUACAAAAGCUAAAUGUUUAGCUAGUCAUCGUACAACUGCUCAUAUGCUUAUGAAACCAUCCUUGUCAAUCAAUAAUCAUAAAAUUCAUGAGAAAUCAACACAACAUGUAUCUUGUACAUUUAUAUCAACAAAUUCAUUAAGUCGAAAUGAAAAUACUUCAUUAACUUCGAUAAAAUCACCACCACUACUACCAACCUCAUCAUCAUCAUCACCAUUAUCAUCGUCACAUUAUUGGAAUCAAACACAUAAAUUGUAUACAACCAUGCAACUCACUGCAGAAUCACCAAAUAAUAUGAAUUUAUUGAGAAAAAAAAUUGAAACACAAUUUAUUCAAUGGAUUUUAGAUAUGUUGACUCGUGCAGAUUUUGAAAGUAUAUAUCCAAGACCACAAGUUAUAUCACAUGUAAAUAAUAGUAAUUCUAUUCAUUGGUUAAAUGGUGACCCGUCUGGUUUACAUUGGUGGUGGAGUAAUAAUAAUCAACAUCAAUCAAUGAGCACAGAUAGAAUCAAUGCCAAUGGUGGAUUACCAGUAUAUCCUUUAUAUCGUGCAAACACACCGGAUUUGUUUGAUAGUUGGAUUGCUGUACAUAUUGAAAUGACCGGUUCAAAAUCGGAAAAUUGUUUAUGGUCAAAACGAUAUCAUACUUGUAAAAUGAAUAAAUUCAUUAUACCUGAAAUCAAUGGAUAUUUGGGUUGGAAUUUAAAACAUUACAAAGCAGCCUCUUCCAUUCAUAACCGAUUACAUAAUAAAAAUAUGAGUGAUUCAAUCGGUGAAUUAUACACCGAUGAUGAUCAAUGCAUUGGUUAUGAUAUAAAGAAUAAAACAUUUCCUGCGGAAAUUAUCAUUGAAAAAGCAUAUCAUUUACGUUUAUCUAAUUAUAAAUCUAGUAAUUCUGUUGAAUCAAGUGAAAGCAGUGAACCAUACUUUAAAACAAUAAAUGAUAAGAAUAUUAACAAUAAUAAUAAUAAAACAACAGCUUAUUCUGUAUUUGUUACAUUUCCUGUGGAUAUUGAUAAUCAACAUUGUUUAAAUACUAAUCUACCGAAUAAACAUUCAAUUACUGGUAUUACUAAUCAAGAUGAAAUAUUAUGGAAACAUAUCACGAAAUUCUCUAACAAUCAUUUAAAUCGUAUAGCUGUAACACCGGAAGUGAAAAAUCUUGAAUAUGCACAUUGGAAUUAUUGUCGUUAUAUUCGUAUCCCAUUACGAUUGAUACAACCAUCGUGUAGUCAGGGAUUAAUGUUUUAUGUUUGGGCUGUGAAACAGGAUGAUGAUAAUGAUGAUGAUGGUUUGAAUAAUAAUAAUCAUAAUAAUAAUGACGACAAUGAUGAUCAUACUCAUCAUAUACCAAAAUUAAUCGGUAUUGCUACAGUGGAUUUAACUACCCUAUCACAUUUAUUCACUGAUCCUAUUCAUUCAACUCAUCAUCAUAAUAAUAUUACUAAUGAGUUUAAUCAAAUUUAUGGUUGGUAUCAUAUAUUAAAUAAUGAUACAGGAUGUCCAUCUGGUCAAAUUUUAAUUGGAGUUAAACCAUUAAUUCAUAUUGGACAACAACAACAACAGCAACACCCAGUUAAUUAUGGUUCUUCAACAUUGAACAUUAAUGAAUUUCUUACAAACAAUAAUCAAUUCAAUUGUCUAUCACACAAUACACACAUUGAUCAAAUUAAACCAUUUGGAACAUAUUCCAUUUUUCAACAAGAUUUCAAUUCUGCCUUAUUCAAUAAUAAUGAUAUCACUAAAUCAACUCAUUCAUUAAUGGAUUGUUGUAAUACAAGCACAAAAAUGCCAAAUGAUGAUGUAUGCAUGAAUAAAGAAGAAUCGAAUCAUUCUGAAUUAAAUCGUUCUGUGUUAUUUGAAAAUUUAAGAGCACGUUUAAGUGAACUAGAUGAAAUGAAUAAUAAAUUGAAGAAUCGUUUGCAUUUUUCCAAUUCUAAUGAAACAUCAUUUUUUAGUCAUGUUAACAACACUAAUGAUAUUCAUACAGUGUCUAAUAAUAAUAAUAAUAAUAAUAAUAAUAAUAAUAAUAAUAAUAAUAAUAAUAAUGAUAGAAAUAGAAAAAAUCAAUUAUUUUUUCAUAAAUCCUUUGGAAAUCAAUUACACUCAUUCAGUAAAGAAGAAAAUGAUGAUGAUCAUCAUCAUGAACAUUUGAACUUGUUGACAGAGUUAUCCAAUUCACGACAGUACUAUCCACAUCAUCAUCAUCAGCAGCAGCAGCAACAUUCGGCAGGCAUACAUGUCACUAAUGAAGAUAUGCAUAUCACUAGCAAGUUUCAUGGUUCAGUUGUACAAUCUUCAUUAAACCAUCAUGUUCGUAAUGCGGAUGACGAUGCGGAUGACGAUGACGAUGAGGAGGAGGAUAAUUAUUCUACAUAUAAAACAAAUGAUGAUUAUACAAUCAAUAAAUUUAUCAAUCAAUGGAAUUCUAAUUUUCACAUAAACAACUGUUCAUUUGAUAAUUCUACCAAUGAAACAACUAUUCAAUGUUCAAUAUCAAACUCAUUAAAACAAUGCAUGGAAGAACAUGGAAGAACAUUGAACAUUGUCGAACAUGUCCAUGUCAAUAACAAUAAUAUAGCAUCUGAUAAUCAUGUAGAAAGUGUAUUAACGCAUGAUAGUAACAAAAAUGAUGUCAUCAAAAAGGAGGAGAAGAAUAAUACUGUUCAUACUACACCAGUACUACUUCAUAAUGAUAAUGAUGAAUCAGAGAUUUCUAUCAUUUCACCUUUAUUACCUGAUCAAUCGUCAACUAUUUCUGAUGAUCAUGAUUAUAAUGAUGACCAAAUCAUCAUCAGUAUGAAAACAGACGACAUUCAACAAAUCACAAAUGGUAAUGACAUUUCUCAUGAAAAUAACAACAACCAUAGUUAUCAUGUUGAUAGUGGUGCAAAUCAUAUUCAGGAGACGAAACUCGUAGAGGAGAAUUUCAAGAAACUAUGUGAUAAUAAUAAUAACUGUGAUAAUGAGACUAGUAAUAAAACAACAGUACACAAUAAUGAAAGUGAAGACUGCUCGCCACCAACACAUAAACAACUACUACUACUACAUACAGAAAUGAAUAAUAGUAGUGUAAACAAUGAAUUACCACAAACAGAUCAAGAAACUGCAUCUGAAACAGCAGCUUCCUCUGUAUGGUUACCUGAUGAUGAUGACGAUGAUGGCGAGGUUGUUAUCGAUGAAGAUGACGAUGAUGAUGAUGUUGUUGUUUGUGAUGUUUUACAAGACGAUCCGAAUUCUUUGAAUACACAAACACCUCCAUCAGUUGAUAAUCAAUCACUUAGACAAUUUGAUGUGUCAUUGACCAAUAAUCAUCAUAUUUUACAAAAUAUUCAAUUCGAUCAAUCAGCAGCUGUAUCAUGUGAAGAUGAAUGUUUGAAAAAUGGAAUUAUUGAAAAUAAAUUGACUGAAUCAAACAAUCAGAAAAUAAACAAAAACAUACAAGACAAUGAAAAAGACCAAAGAGCAGAAGAAGAAGAAGAAAAUCUUCAAUUGGACAUUGCUGCUGCUGCUGCUGAUCAUGAUGAUGAUGAUGGCGACGACAACGAUAGUGUUGAAUAUUCAAAGCACUCAUUAAAAUUGUCAAAUAAAGACAAUGAUUUCAUUGAAACUAUUAGUCAAUCAAGUGUUGUAGAACAACAAUUAUCAAUGGAUGAUGUGAAAUCGACAACAAUGUUUAUACCGAAUUUUUUUCCUUCAACAUCUUGUAUAGAAGAAUUAUUAUCAACUACUAAUCGAAUAAAUGAUGAUGAUUAUUUAUUGAAUAAAAAAAGUUCAAUGGAUUUGACGAAUACAAAUUUAAGUAUGAUGAAUAAAAAUAUAGAUUCAUUAAAAAGUCGAUUGAAUAAUCGUUUAUCCGAAGCUGUACUUCAUACAAUAAAUGCAUCCAUGUCGACUAAUAUACAAACAACCAAUAAUAAUAAAGAUAUCAUUAUCAAUGAUACACUAUCUGCAUUCAUUACAAAUGGUUAUAAAACAAGAAGUUUCAAAAAAGCCGAACGUAUUUUUAACAUGACAUUGAAAUAAAAUUUUUUUUUAAAAAAACACAUGUUUGAUCAAAUUUUGGCUGUUAAUAAUUUAAUGACAAAGAAACGUUUCUAUUAUUAUUAUUCAAC